AUGGCCUGGUUCAUGAGAGGAGUCCAGAGUGCCGUCUUCCACUAUGCCUCGUGCGCACCCUGCACCGGCUACUCAGACGGCAGAAAGAGGAGGAAAGCAGCAAAGGCCGCGCGCAAAGUCAGGGAGAAGCUGGAGCUGGAGCAGCCCGGCGCAUACCAUCAUCCCGAGCCGACUGGCACAAACAUAUACUGGCAAGAGGAAAUCGCCAUGGGCCCAGGGCCACCACCACGAAGAGCGCGGAGGACCAACACGGCAACUACAGGCAGCACGAGGGGUAUGCCGACACGGGGAACACAGAGCUCGGCUUUGAGCAAUGGUGGGAGCAGCAUCGACGUCGACCACGCCGGCAAUACCCGCCUUAGUGACGAUACUCUCGACGACGACGAGACGUGGAACCACAAGCGAUAUCAGAGGGAAGACGAGGACCUAUGGGGCUACGACGAGCCUUCAAUCAAUCUCGAACAAACCAUGACUGCCUCUUCCGUCGGAGGUGCGGGUUAUCAAAUACGGAGGCCUGUUCCUCCAACAUCUGGAAGCUACUAUACCGCGCGCGCACCGCCAGUCAAUGAUCUGCACCCUCCCGUCGUCAGUCUUCCAUCUCCCGACCCCAUUGAUAAUCGAUGGAUGCUCCAACCACCACCCAAAGCUAGUGUCAUGGCUGGCAAAGAACGAGCGUCCAACAGGAGUCGGAGUGGCAGUGGCGCAAGUAGCCGCGUGGAAUUGAGCUUGGGUCGCCAGGUCAGCACAAGGCAAUUGAUGCACAAGUUGGAGCGAGGCGAGACGCCUGAGGCUCGAUCAGCAUCACCAAAUGGUUCGUAUUUCAACCCAUCACGGUGCAGGACGCCACAAGCUCGACCGCCCUCUGCCACCAGCAGUGCUCGUCGGAGAAAGAGAAGAGACACAGCCAUGGCUCGCGACUUGGCUAUGGCGCGAACCGAUACCGUGAGCACUCAGCAUUCUUCCGGUGAAUCCAGUGAUACCAUCAUCCGAGGCAACUCCGCACCUCACACCGCAGCCAUUCCGGACGUUAAAGUAAUUCGCGUCCGCCAGAGCCGUCCUGCCCUCUCCACAGUCUUGUCCAGCAAUUCAGGUAAGAACGAUACGCCAGUCACAGCAUCAGUUCCCAACGGUAGCGAUGAGAACGCUCUGCGCAUGCCUGAGAAGCCCAGUCCAGCGCACCACCGCUUCACAACCACGUCGACCCCCGACUCCAUCCCCUACUACACCAAACACCGCGAACCUCUCAAUUCAUCCGAUAUAUCCUCCCUUAACUGCCUUCAAGACCUCGUAUCCCCACGCGCUCUACUCGAUUCACACUUCGUCUCCGCACCCCUAGUAGAGGCCAAGAUUCGUUUACCACCUUCAGAAGAGGACAUGGCCGCAAGGGCGCGACGAGAGCUAUCCAACAGCGGUUUCAGCAUUUCAAGCGACUGGGAUGAAGAAGAAGAAGGUAUCGUAAGAGUACCUUUUGACCGGAACUUUGGACCACCAGAAAAGGAUCCAAGGUUUAGAUGGAGUGUCGACUUUUGA